AAAGCAGUUGGUUUGCUUGAUGCAGAUGUAUAUGGCCCUUCAAUUCCAAAGAUGAUGAAUUUGAAAGGAAAUCCAGAAUUAUCACCAAAUUGCCUGUAAUCCUAGAUCCGAAAGAGGUGAAUUUGUCUGCUCAUCUCAGUGAGUCAUUAAGGCUGGAAACCUCAACUGUGCUGCUCCCACCACCAUCCUGGCAUAGAACUGUGUGUUACUAUCCUGUCAUGGAUGCCCCCCAGCAGAAUCCUCUGCUUAGUGGGGCCUAAAUCCUUCCUCCUCCGGUUUCUGCCAUUUCCACUCCCACCAGGAACAGGGUUCAUGAUGCCAAUCCGCAGUAUAAGGAUGGGAUUAUUGAGAGUGAGGGGCAUGGAAAGCAGCAAGUACGUGUUUCUCAUUCCUUCAGACGGACAGCAUCUGAGAAUUACUAUUUACAGUGGUGUAGAAAUUGGAAUCCUAAUUAAGAUGGUGGAGAAGGAAUCUACAGUCACUGCAGUACCAAAUCAUACAGUCUACAUUCAAUCAUGUGAUCCAGAAUUAUUCAAGAUUUUACAAAUGGGGAAGGUUUAAAAUCUGUUCCAAUUGCCUGUACAGAUAGUAUAUUAACUAAAUUGAUGUCUCAUAUAGUCUAUAUUGCUUUUAUGUUACCGAAUACAGUGUAUAUGCUGCAAUAUGUCAUUCACUCCUUCCCUGGCAUUGUGGCAAUGACACAGUUCGUCUUGCAGCAAAUGUCUUUUGCGUUUUGGGUGAUGAGAUGUCAUGGAGAUGUGAAGAGGUGGGAAAUAAUGACCCAUAUCAUGAUAAACUCAACUAAUAAAGAGCUCUACAGAAAGCUUUUUUUCACAGUGCAGUAGAUCCCUAAGCUUCAGUAUAAACUUUGAACAAAUACUAGCCUGCUACAGUUUUUCUUAAAUGCAUGUAGAAAGGUUACUGCAUGAAUUUUAUUUUAAAAAAAAUAUUGUGGUAGAGGAAUUAGUACUUUUAGUCAUGAAUACACUAUUAAAUCUAUAGUCACUACAGGAUCUCAUGUAUAAACGAACUAGUUUAAGCAUUACAAAUGUUGUUUAGAGACUUGAGUGAAAAGACAUUGAGAAAUAUAAACACUGGUGCAGCAUUUCUUACAGUAGUUUAUUAUGCUUUAUGCCCAGACUUUGUUUUCUCCUCACCAAAGGAAAAUAUUAAACAACUUUAGUAAAGCAACAUAAUUGACCCACAUUUCUAAGAUGUUUGUUUAUAAUUAACCUGUUUUGAAGUACUUUGUUAUGAGUGGAAGGAUCAGAGAACUAGGGCCUACAUUUAUUAAUAGUUACUGUUCCCUUCUAAUAAAGUAGGUUUUCAUUCCCAAAGUUCAGUCUGUUGCAGAACUGACUGGCUUCACCUAAAUCAGGAUCCAAACUUUCAUGGAAAAACACCCCUUUUCCACCAUGUGUUUCCUCUCCUCAUUCUGUAUUACGCUGAGACAGUCUUGUGUGUGCAAUAAUGUUCCUUUUUACCUCCAAGAAGUUUUGAUUGCAGUUGUCUCUGUUGGUUUACCAUUGCUAGUCUUGGGAUGGAGCAAGGCUAGAGACUUGCAUUACAUACCCGACUAAGCAGGGAGGAAUGACAACUCCCGCCUGCUCCACUUGGCCAUCACGUAUUCCAUGAAAACUUUAUGAGACCCCUUAAGAACUAUGGCAUCGCAUGUAUGUCAAUGGGUUUCUUUGUAGAAGAGACUGCACCAGUCGUGUGGAGAGGACUCAUGGUAAUGUCAGCUAUAGAGAAAUUGUUGAGGCAGGUAGACUGGGGUCAACUGGACUACUUAGUAAUUGACAUGCCGCCUGGAACAGGAGACGUACAGUUAUCAGUCUCACAAAAUGUUCCAGUUACAGGGGCAGUGAUUGUUUCCACUCCACAAGACAUUGCUUUACUGGAUGCACGCAAAGGAGCUGAGAUGUUUCGAAAAGUCCGUGUGCCUGUUUUGGGGCUUGUCCAAAAUAUGAGUGUUUUCCAGUGCCCAAAAUGUAAACAUGAGACCCAUAUUUUUGGAGCUGAUGGUGUGAGAGGUCUAGCAAAAACUCUUGGACUAGAUGUUUUAGGAGACAUUCCAUUGAAUGUUAAUAUAAGAGAGACCUGUGAUGCCGGCCAGCCUAUUGUCAUCUCACAGCCUCAAAGUGACAUGGCCAAAGCCUAUCUAAGGAUAGCUACUGAAAUAGUAAAGAGAUUGCCAACUCCUCCAGCAUGAUGUGCUCAUCUUGGGUAUCUGUGAUCAGAACUUAAUAGUAAAGUGACUCGAUGGUGUAAGCAGUGGUGGAACAAGCAGAAAUACAUAAGUCUAUGGAUUAUAUAUUGUAUUUGUAAGAAAAUUGUUUUGAAAUUUAGGAAACAAAGUUUGAAAGUAUCGUUAUUUUUUUUGUCAUGACAUCAUUUGGUUACAUUCAAAUGGAUUGAAGGAUUCAGAAGGAAAAUGGGUGGUACCUGACAUUUAUAUAUGGUCGUCCACUGCUGAUUUUUAAUAUCCUUGAACAACAAGGACAAAAUGUAUCAUUCAGCAAUGGAGUUUCCCUCAGUUUUAACAUGAAGGUUCAGCCUGUGGAAACUCCAGUCCCAGAAUACAAUGUACCAUCUUUGUCCAAGCAGCAAAACUCAAAAGUGGACCGUGGCAUGUUGAGGAUUAUAGGCACACAAGUGUAAUUUCCCCAAUCUGCAAUUUCCCCAAUUUAUGUACAUUUUUAUUCAGACCUUGGUGCUCUUGUUAAAUUGCCAACAUGGCCUUAAAUUGGGCAAAGCAUCAAGGACUUAAUUAGCCAGCUGAAAACUGUAAUUACCAUAUGUUUGUGUACAUCUCAACUUAAACCUCAAAAACAAUAUGAUAGAUCUGCAUAUUCUGUAAUGAUUUUUCCUAAUUCAAGAACAAAUUUCUUCCCUAUUGGAUUAUAUUGGGUUAUAAGGUAAUUUCUACUUAUGGGAUAAUGGACUAUAUGACCUGUAGGCAAAUUACUUGCCUGCUUUGUGUUAUGUUGAACCUAUACAGAAAACUAGAUAACCGUACAUUAUAAACCGCAUAUCAUAUCUGAGCUCAAUUUGGCAUGGGAAAUCAAUUAAAAAAAUAAAUUAGUUUUAUGACUGCAUAUAAGCAUGUGUUUCCAAAUCAAAGUAACAAUGCAGGAUCUGAAUGUAUACACGAAAGAUGUAACUAAAGAAGCAAACUAAGAUACGAUCUUCAAACUGCAAGACUUCUUUUUAUUUUUAUUGUCUUGUCCUAUGAUCCUUCUUUUUCUGUUGGUACAAUUUCUAUGGACGUAAAAAACAUGAUUCUGUAGCACAGGCUUCCAUUUACAAUUAGAAGUUUGAAUUUAUAUUCAGACUAUUUCACACCAUUCAUAUAGAGACUUUUGCCAUUGACUUCACUAGGGCCUGGAUUCCACCCUUUAUGUAUACCAUUGUUCCUGUCGCUUUUCUUCUCUUGAAAUAAUAUGACAUAAAAUAGAAUUUGGCAUUCUUUGAGCCUGGGAACACUUAAAACAUAUGCACUGAAAGUCAAAUUUAAAACUUUGCUUCAAAUUAUUAAUUGAAUCUCAGACUUUAGUGGAGUUUUGUAAAUAUGAAAAAUGACUGAUUUUUUUAACUUAGCUUUCAUUUCUGUACUUGAAAAAAGUGCAGAGAAGUAAAAUUGCACUUCAGCUGUUUCAGUAGCCAUGUUAUUUCCAGCUUUUGGAUUGUACUUUUAUUCAAACAUAAGUAUCCAAUCAUUUGCAAUUGUCUAGUGAUAUAUUUUACAAAAAUUAAACACUUAAUGGUG